AUGGAGGUCGUGCUACUUCUUUCACUCUGUAUUACAGCUGUAUGGGCUUCCGGCAGCUUCUCAAAAGGAUGGAAUACUGGUGCCACUACAAGACAAUGGAGUUACAAUCUUGAUUCGCCUAUGGGUCCUGCUGGCUGGGGCAACAUUGCUGGCUUUGAGACGUGCGGCAAUGGAACAGAGCAGUCGCCAAUCAACAUCCCAACAGCCAGCGCAGCAUAUAUGACCUACCCAGCACUCAAUGUUAUGAGCAGCCCAUCUAAAGCCAGCUUUCAUUUCCACAACAAUGGUGCAGCUGCGGACGCGGACCCGACAGGAGCAACAGCAGUGAACAUCACUGGUGGCCCACUAGGUUCAGAGCAAUACAGUAUCCAUAAUUUCCACAUCCAUUUUGGAAACUCUACGUUCAUGUCAUCCGAGCAUUCAGUUGAUAGUUCAAGAACAGCUGGUGAGCUCCACGUCGUAUUUUUCAAGUCCACAUACUCGACUUUAGGAGAAGCUUUGGACAGUGGAGACGGUGAUGCACUGGCCGUCAUUAGCAUGCUGUUCAAUGUUGGAUCAGACGCUUCCAGUGCGCACCCAGGCCUGGAGACGAUUUUACGCCAUUUCUCCAACUUGACAUAUCCGGAGGAUGGUGUUGAGCAGUCCAUCGACUUCGCCACACUGCUGAGGCCUUCUGACCUCACAUCAUUCUACACAUACAACGGAUCACUGACUACCCCAGGGUGUAACGAGCAGGUUGUAUGGAUGGUCAUGAGCCAAGUACAAAAUGUCCUACCAACAUCACUCAAUUCUCUAUCAGGCCUCCGGAGUACUGCCCGCAUGCAGACACCAGUUGUUCCAGUAUUUGGUAAUGCUCGUCCGCUGCAAUCACUCGAUAAUCGAAUGAUAUACCGAAACUUUCAGAUGACCCCUAGUCGGAGUCCCCCCACCAUCGCCACGUCUUCAGCUUCAGGACCUACUGUUGUGUCGCUUGUCGCCCUCUUUCUCUCCGUCCUGGCCAUCUACGCCAACCUGUUGUGA